UCUCUGUCUGCUCCCCAUCCCUCAGCAACCUGGAGGAGAGACAGCGCAACUACAUCACCUCCCCUGCCUCCUCCUCACAGCGUUGGUCGCCAUCCAUCCCCUCUCCUCCUCCUGUACCAUAACAGAUGGUGGGAACAACAUUUCAUGCACCGGGCACCACAACAAUAGAGCGCAGCAUCCCGUCCACCCCGUUACGGCCUUGCAGCAUCAUGCUCCCGGCGAAGGACUGCAGGAAGCUCUGAGUGCCGUCGUGAAUUGUUUCACGCCGGUACCAGCCCAAACCAUCACCACCACGGCCACGGAAGAACCUUCUUGCCACUGUUUGGGCUCUCCAUCGAGCAAAGGAAGAUGGCCGCUAUGAAAAUAUUAACCAGCGCUGGGCUUUUCUUGGCUUUUUGCGCACUGGGUCUCCUCGCCAUGGCGAUCUGCACCGACUACUGGUACGAGACCGACGCCAGGAGACACCGAGAGAGGUGCAAAAACUAUGCCAACAAGCGGAACGACCCCGGUUACAUCUACAUUUCAAACCACAACCUCCCCCUCCAGAUGCCUCCAGAAACCGGCCCAGAUGCUGCUCCUCUCGUUAGGGGGAAGCGGCACUUUCUGCCCGCGUCGUCUUCAAUGGAAUCCCACUGCAGCAGACAGUUCAACUCGACCGUCUCCGGGCUUUGGAGGAAGUGUCACCGGGAAGGAUUCGACCUGGAGACCGAGGACCUUAUUUACAAAGGAGUAAUUCAAAGAUGUACCCCAGUCAAGUAUCACUAUUCUUCGUCCAUCCUUCCACGGAAUUUACCCAUCAACAUCACAAAGACCAUACGUCAGGAUGAGUGGCAUGCUCUCCAUCUAAGAAGAAUGACAGCCGGCUUUGUGGGCAUGGCUGUGUCCAUCAUUCUUUUUGGUUGGAUCAUUGGAGUGCUGGGAUGCUGCCAGCAGCAUGACCUCAUGCAAUAUGUAGCCGGCCUACUCUUUCUCAUGGGAGGAACAUGUUGCAUCAUCUCCUUGUGCACAUGUGUGGCAGGAAUCAACUUCGAGUUGUCCCGCUACCCGCGCUACAUGUACGGCCUCCCUGAAGACAUUAGCCAUGGCUAUGGUUGGUCCAUGUUUUGUGCCUGGGGGGGCCUCGGCCUCACAUUGCUGGCUGGCUUCCUCUGCACUCUGGCUCCCUCCUUGAGCACGCCCGCUCGCACGACGACCCACAAACCGAGGCAGGAGAACGGAACCGUGUGACAUGAGGUGUUACAAGGAGACUGACCCACCAAACGCACAAAGCACACCUUUCCAUGUUUAACUCUGAAACAGUUCUCGUGUAAUCACCGUAUCACAACACCCUCAACGUGGCCAUAUCCUUUCAGUGUACAGUGUGCCUGAUCUGUGACAAAAACGCAACAAAAUUAAAGAUGAACUUCACACAUCAAACCCCUCGAUGGACCUUCAGGAACAUGAAGAACAACUUGUACAGCAGCUCAUGAGUGGGAAACGGCUUCAAAAAGGCCUCUUUGUUGUUGUUGUCUGUUUUGAUUUCUGAGAUGCUGAUUUUUUUGGCGCUUUAAAGAGAACAGAUAUCUCUGUAUAGAAUUACUCUUAAAAUGGUGCUCUUUGAAACAAAUAAAGCCACUUACACUCCUACAAAGGAAACACACAUGCAAACACAUAUCUUCUCAGUUCCUCUGGAGAAAUCUUGAGAGAAAUCCUCAAACUAAAAAAGUCAACAAGACAAACAUCCGUCCAGAACAUCCUGCCAGGACUCUGAUCUAUGUCAUUGUUUGUAAUGAAGAAGAAAAAAAAGGCGUUUUGCUGCUUGUAUCUUAGUGAAAAACACAAACUGGUAUAAAAAAUUAAUCGGCUGUAUAAGGUUGCGGCUUGUAAAAAUAUUACAGCAGUGUGAUAUAACACACUAGAGAAAAUUAGCUUCAUACAUGAAAGAAAAUACGUUUCUAUGUAGAGCCAGAUGUUUCUGUGAAAUGAAUCUUCUUUUUUUUUUUUUUUACUUUUCUCUCCUAACAGUAAACAAGGUUAAGAAUAAUUUGUAAACCCAAAAGCCAAGUAAAAAAACAACAAAAAAAACCCAUGAAAAAUAUGAAAAUAGAGAAGCUGCUGAGCUCUGACCUGAUGUUGACGUUAUUGCUCAUGCAGCCUCGUUGCUUAGUGACAGCUUAAUAAUAACCUGACAGAAACCAAGAAGUGGAACAAAGCUAUUAACUAAAGAAUAUAUUUUAGUUUUAUCUUAAUGAUGGCCGCCUUUUUAGUCUUGCAAACACUGAACACAAGCACGUUAAGAUAUUUUGGAGAACAAGAAAAGCAACGGUGGUUAUCAGUGCAACACCACACUCAUGAUCUCCUAACUUAAUUAUAGAGAUGCUGUAAAGUCAAACAUUGUGAAAAGGGCAAAUAUCUCCAUAUCAUUUGCAGCACAGAAAACAAGCAGGAAACAGGCAGCGGUCCUAAUAAUAUGUACUACUCCCUUUGCAAUUACUGACACUCCUGUUAAAGAUCUCUAAAAUGUCUUAAAAUAAAUAAUUUAUUAUAGCAGCUCACUGAAGACUCUGAAGACUUUCAGAAAUAAAUUGAUCUUUAAUUUGUGUACAUUUACACAGCCGGGGGAAAAAAAUCUCACUUUGAGAAAUAAAGUGCUUUUUUUGUAGUUAUUACCCUAUUUUUUUUUGUAGGGUAGUGAUUUGUACCCUUAGCAAUUUUUCUGAAACUUAAAAUUUCUUCUUUUAUUUAGUAUAUUAAUUGUUAAAAUAUUUUUAGACUCAAGCUGCAGGUUGAAUCCUAGCAUUUGUCUUUCUGCAUAAACUUUUCUCCCUGCGAAUGCAAAGGUUCUCUCCAGCUUCACCCCACACUAAAAACAUGCCUGUUGGAUUAAUUGGCUUCUCUAGGAAACCAAUUAAAACCCUGACAAGAAAAGACCGAGUUCAGACAAUGGAUGGUUUCAGAACUUUUAAUUAGUAAACUGUUCUCAUUUACCUGGAAUAUAAAUUUAAUGUGACACCGUCGUACAUUUUAUUUAGCCACCAGGAUGGAUAAGCACCCCAGCUUAUUUUACCGUUAUGCAAAGUAAGGUGGAUGGUAAAAAAAGAAAAAGAAAAAGUCAUUACUAGAGCACUGCAGCAAAUAUCUUCUACCAUCAUAAAUGUAGGGAUGUGCAGUUUUCCAAAUGUUACCUGGUCUUUUUCUGUAACUGUUCUUAGAUAGAUCAAGAAUGAACUUUUUAGCUAUAUUCCAGAUAUGUCUGGAAAAAAUAUAUAUGUUUGCAAAAGCACCUCAUGCUCACUGCUAUACAUAUGCUAUACUUUCUUUUGCAAAUUUUCUUGAAACCUUCCUAGAGUUAAAUGGAGUCAUGAACUCUUUGAGAUGCCAGAAAAUUCAUCCAGAGUUUCAAAAGGUUAAUGAUUCAAAACAUUUGACUGAAUCGGGGCACAAAUGAUUCCCCAGACACAAAAUAGACCUUCUUUGAUGGAUUAAUUUUUAUAGAAAACGUCUGAUGAGGUGAAGAAGAGGCAGCUUCAGACGAGGUCCAGGACUAAAAACAUCCUCUUUCUGUAUGGUGCAAUAUUGUGAAAUACUAUAGGAGAUAAUUAAGUGUUGGUCUACUGGCAAAAAGGGGUUUUGCAGAGUAUUAACAGCAGGGGUACCAAUGAUUGUACCUCUGAUGAUUCUGUGAAAAACAUUAUUUCUCAACAUGGGUUUUUUCUGCUAGAUUAUGGUGGGUUCAUUUAAAAACUUAUUUUGAUUUCUUUUAUGCUUUGUUACCAGAGGUGCCAAAAAAUGUGAAGAGGGUUAUGUACAUUAUAAAUGGAGUUUAUUUAAAACUUAACAUUUGUGAAGAUCCACAAAAUCUGAAACGCAUUGUUUAUUCCAUAAAACAGGUUUAAGACUGAGGCUAGGGUUACCUAUCUGACAGUAUCACAGUGUCCCUUCUCAAACUGUCAAAUAUUUUUUUUCUAUUAAGCAAAAACAACUUUUAUUGUGUACUAACUUUUAAAAUGUGAAACUUGCAAAGACACAGAAAAUAUCUUUUCACCCAUGUUUGUUUUCAAUUGGUUAUUCGAUCUUCAUUAAAAAAAAAAAAAAAAGCACAGACAGUAAGAAACUAGACAAAUCUUUGUUUGAAAGCACAACAUCCAAAUACCAAAUAGGUUUUGUUAUUGGAUGCAACACAUGGAUUAUGAAAUAUCUCUUUUUUUUAAUGAGAUUUCUGAAAUCAACAAGCUGAUGGGUACAAGUGGUGUUUUAAACUCUUGGGGUUUUCUUAUUUAAAUUGACAAUGAGGAUAGAAUUUAAAUGAUUAACACUUCAUUUGCUAAAAAAUAUUGUACUUGUGUAUUAAAUGAUUAAAUAUUGUGAAUAGCUCUGAAAGUCAUGUUGAGCCAAAAGGAUUUAAUAUUCAGUUUAAAUGAAAGAGACUUAUUUUUAUUUUUCCCAGUGGUCAUUUCAGGUAUUAGGAAUUAACAGAGAACAUCACCUUCCAGAGAUUAUAACUGUUUCUCACUGACUAGAACAACUUCAUUAAAAAAUACAAUAACUUUCAUCAGUGGUUCAUGAUGUCAGGUGUUGAUUACCUGGUAUGAGUCUUGAUCAUCCUACUGUCAACUAUGUCAAAUAACUCAUAUAAAAUAAGGUGUCAUAGUGUGUUAACAACACUUUAUGUGAUGUUCAGUCCUUCCAGUAUUGCCAUUAACGAGAAAAUUAGCUAACGCAUGACUGAAACUUGUACUGUCAGUGUGUGGUGAGAUCUUUGCACUUUGCUGCAUCAUGUAAGGGUCAGUGAGCCUGGAGUGUGGGAUAGAUAUGCUGUAAUAAGGCUACAUAAUGUAGCAAAUGAAGAUCAGGGCAUGUAAGGAGCCUCAUUCCACGGCGUGUGUUCAGGAUCCAGGCUGUUGUAUAUCAGAAACUCUGAAUAUGAUAUAUGAAGAUUUUUGUGUAAGAUUGUGACAAAGAAAACUGACAGAAUGCAAAUGCAACAAGAUGAUUUGGGUUUCUCAAGUUUUGAGUUUACACCCAAACUCAUGUGUAUUGAUAUAAAUAUCAAUGGAAAAAGUUACAGUAACUGUAUGUAUAGGUCAUUUACUACAAGCAUUAGGUGUUGUUGUGACUCAAACACAGUUGCACACCGCCCUUUCAAGAUGUUUCAUACAUUGUCGGUGGGGAAAUUUGACAACUUCUCUGGCCUUGAUGUGCCAUCAUGCGACCCUAAGUUUUACAAAUAUUGUGAAGCACAGAAUUACACCU